UUAGCACCCCCUUCGCCAUUUUCGUUACUACUACAGCAGCAUUAACCCAUAGAGACAAUUUAGUAGAUCUAGUAGUUUGAUUAAUUUAUUAACUCCAUACACUGUUGGUUUCAGGUGGACCCGACCGAGGCCGACGGCCAAUCAAUCAAGAACGCCACCGCACCGCUGGUCAGGGCGCGUUGGGCCUGCAAUGGGGGGCGAUCACCAUCUGCAACUGCGCAGGCCGGCGUCGAUCGGGAAGAUCGCGGUGCCGGAGAAGAAGUCCCUGUUCCUCCACGCCGCCAGCGCGUCGCCCGGGCACUACCAGCAGCAACAGGGCGGCGCCUCCUCGCACGAGGCGCCCGCCGUGAGCGUCACGCCGCGGACGGCCACGAAUAAGCAGCAGCUGCACCUGCCGGCGAGCCCCCGGGCGUGCCUCUGCUCACCAACCGUGCACGCCGGCUCGUUCCGGUGCAGGCUCCACCGCGGCGUCGGGGGUGGCGGCGGCGGUGGCGAUUCCGUCGGCUCCGGCCUCCAAGAGAUGAGCAGCAGGAAGCCCGGCGUAUGACGACGACGCGGCGCGGCGGGCGACGAGCGCUCGUACGCCUUACCGCAAACGCGCAGGUGCAAUGCAUGGCCAAGGCAAACGCACAGGUGCAACAAUGCAUGGCCAAGGCAAACGCGCAGGUCCAACAAUGCAUGGCCAAGGCCAAAUGUUUUAGAUGUUCUGUUGUUGUCCCCUCUCAUUUGUCGUCGCUGUAUGCAGAGGAAGGGGAUCUUUUUUCUUUCUUUCUUCUGUACCUUUCCUGGUAAGUUGUAAGGAUUCUUACACUCUCAGAGCCGAUUUGGCGUGGAUCUCCUUUA